CUCAAAGAUGAAGAGGAGGCAGCAUGCUGUGAGGAGCACAAGAAGAACAAGACUAAAUACAUACCCCUCAUCAGAGCCAAGGUUCCUUCUGACCCCACCAUAAUCCCUGCGCAGUAUGCAACAAGGAGGUUGAAAGCUGGAGAGUAUUGCAAGCUCCACUACUUCACCAAUAGAGGACUGAAUGAUGCCAAAAUCUCAGCACUAAUCACUGAGCCAGAUGUGCUAGUAAUGAUGCUAUCUAAUGAUGGAGUCCACUCCUGGGUACUAGCAGCAGCAGUCAAAGAUCCCAGAGCAGCCCUGGUAGUCAAGGAUAAACAACUCACAUGGGAGGAGUUCAAUGAGGCAGCACCAAGAAUGAUCAUGUCAAUG